CACGUAAUGCUACCGUGCUGUUUCAUGGAUAAGAGACACUGAGAUGACAGUGAGUGUUGCAAUUUAAUUGCAUAUUGAUGCGGUCCUAACAAAACUGUAAAAAAAACAUAUUUGACAGGUGCACAGCUUACAAGCGUUUACAUAACUCUGAUCAAGACUGAAGCACGACGUUGUUUAGUUUACUGUAGAGAGAAAAUGCUGCGAAAUGAACUUGAAAAAUGAAAGUUUAUCAGCUGUGUGUGAUUACAUUGAUUUCAUUAUGUGAAGAAUGUUCUGGCAGAGUGUGCAUUUCAAGCCAUCCCAAUGAGAGAGAACUACCAUUGGUUAAGUCUCCUACAGUCCGUUGUCAUAGUGAUUACCAAUCAUGUUUUACAAGAUGGGAUUCAGUAAAUGAAACAGAAACUAUAACUGAACAAGGAUGUUUGAAUGUGGGAUCACAUGAUAUCUGUGCUCGGUCAGACUGUAUUGAACAGAUAGAUGGCACCACUAGUCACAAUUUUUGUUGUUGUUACACUGACCUUUGUAACCAGAACUUUACCAAGGUUACUGAUGUUGAGUACAAACAGAUAACAGCCAAGAAAAAAGUGGAUUCCUGGGACAAUAGUCAAAAGAAACUCUCAAAAAAUGCUUAUAGUUUUCAAACCAAAUGUGGUUACCAUGACAAUAGUAGACCUGAAUCUAAUAGCAGCAUGGACUAUGAAGUUGACCAGUUACCAGGAACUUUAUUGAAGGAUGGUUCAACAGUUCUGUGUCCUGGUGAUGAUUAUUGUUUUACAGUAUGGCAAGUCCUCGAUAAAGAAAAUGAUACAGAAAUCCGCAUUAUAAAACAGGGAUGUUGGCAAAAAUCUGAUGACAAGUAUUGUACAGUAGGUCCAUGUGUUGCAAACAGACGUUCUACCAAAGCUAAAUAUUGCUGUUGUUAUGGUAACUUGUGUAAUACAAACAUGUCAGAUAUAUAUGACCCUUCCCAGCAUACAACAGAAGAUCCUCAAUAUUCUGGUGCUAAACAUUUGGCAGAAGAAUACAGCCAGUACAAGGAGAAGACAAUUAUUAUCUCCCUUGUUUCUGUUGUUUCAGUGGCAUUAAUUAUAAUGGGCGUCUACUUAUUAUAUAGACUUUGUUUAGUCUCUAAAAAAGCAUCAAAUGAUUCACUCCACCUAGUGGAAGCCCCGCCUCCAAGAGGUAUGGAACUAGAAGGUGUUGAAUUAGAAAAACAGGUUUGUCGUGGAAGAAAUAGUGAGGUUUGGCAAGGCACAAUGGGAACUUUGAAUGUUGCAAUAAAAAUGUUUCAGUCAAAUCAUAGACAGUUAUACUUAAACGAAAAAUAUAUAUACUCACUACCUUUCAUGGAACAUGAAAAUUUGUUGAAAUUCUAUGGCUGUGAAGAAAGAUUAACUAUGGAAGGCUAUAAACAGUAUUGGGUAGUUCUGUCAUAUUGUCCAGUUGGGAACUUACACUGCUAUUUGAAGAACAACACAGUUGAUUGGUCAACUUUUUGUAGAAUGGCUUUAACUAUUGUGAAGGGACUUUCUCAUCUUCAUACACAGAUAGAAAAAGGAGAUCAGUUUAAGCCUACAAUAGCUCACAGGGAUAUAAAUACAAGGAACAUUUUAGUAAAUCCAGACAACACAUGUAUAAUAGGAGAUCUAGGGUUUUCCAUAGCCACUGUUGGCUCUAAACUUAUGAAAAAUGGACAUUACGAAAGUGCUGAACAGGCUUCUUUGCAAGAUGUUGGUACUCUUCGAUACAUGGCUCCAGAACUACUGGAUGGUGCUGCUAACCUACGAGAAUCUGAAACUUCUUUGAAACAAAUAGAUAUUUAUGCCUUAGGACUUGUGAUAUGGGAGAUUGCUACAAGAUGUACUUGUUUAUAUAAUGGUGUACCAGUGCCUGACUAUACUUUACCAUACCAGAAAGAAGCUGGAUUACAUCCAACGUUUGAAGAAAUGCAAAUUCUAGUGUCCCGUAAUAAAGUUAGACCAAAGUUUUCAGAAGUAUGGAAAGAUUAUAAUCAGGCUGUUAGGGCAUUAAAAGAUACUAUGGAAGAUUGCUGGGACCAUGAUGCUGAAGCUAGACUGACAUCUAUGUGUGUUGAAGAAAGAAUGUUAGAUAUGAUGACCCUUUGGGUGCAAGAGUCUAAGAAUAAAGCACCAACUCCUCUGACAACCACCAGUAAUAUGUUCAGUACUACUAUGGAGAGUAUAGAGGGGCCAUCUGUCUCAUCAGAACCCUCUUCAUUACGACCAGAUAUCUCAGAACUUAAUGACAGCAGUACAGGUCAUCUUAUUAUUAGUUCUCCACCAAAUACUAAUGUCAGUCGUGACAUUGAUAACUCAUUUCCUCGUAGAGCAAUGAGUGUAUCAAAUUCUACUGUUGAAACUUUUAUACCUUCAACCCCUUCAGAAGGGGAAACAUUCCAGAAAAAUUUUAAUGUAAUGCUAGAGAAGAAUAACCGUGUGCUUCAACCCCAUCAAGGUCAUAAUCCAACCGUGGAAAGAAAUACACACAAACGCAGUGAUGAAGAACUUGCCAUCUCUGGUAAUACAUUGAUAUAUGGAAAUGAACUGCAUAAUAUGAAUAAUAAUUUAUCUCUAAAUGACAGUCAGUUGGAUAAUGUCAAUGAAAAUUUAGAUACUUCUUUAGUUCAAAGUGAUGUGUUAAAUAUGAAUACACGGCAUGUUCAUGCACCGAUUCCAUAUCUUCAGAACCAAGUUCACAGAACAGGUAUGGGAACACGACCCAAAAAUGCUAAUAUAAUAAACGCUGGAAAUAAAACCGAGGCUAAAAAAACUUUUUUGGAAAAAUUAUUUGGACAGAGAGGAUUUAAUCCUUUAGGUUUUUUCCACUUGGGUUCAAAACCCUGGGGAAAAUCAAACGUUAAUGGGAAUGUGCAAUCUCUAAAUGCUGAAAGUGACAGUGGUGUUCAGUUAAAUGAAAGGAUUAGUGCUUCACGUCAACCCAGUAUAAAUCCAGGUCUAAGACCAAAACAAAACAGUGCUAACAUAUAUAAUCAAACACCAUCAAACCAUGAUCAACAAAACAGACACAAAGACUUAGUUGUCAGUAUACAGAAUGGAAGGCCAGUCCAUAGACCUUCAAAUAUUACUGUUUCCAAUCAGAUUGGGACAGACACUUCAGAAGACUCAACAGAACCAGAUGAUAGAGUUUUACCUGAUCUCUCUGAUGAAAUUGGAAUUGCUCGUAUGGAGUUGUUCCAGCCACAGAAGUUCAAACUUGUGAUAAAAGAUAAAGAAAAUGAUGAAAAGUACUCAAAAAGUACUUCAGAUAUAUCUCCUUACAAAGACGAGAAUGGAGUAUUGAAACUUCAUCGACCUGAUUCACUCAAAUUAAAAGGACACAACUACAAAGUCAACUCUAGUCAAACAUAUCCACAGAACAAUAUACAAGACAGGAAAUUUAAAAUAAAGCGCCGUGUGAAAACACCUGUCAAGGUCAAACAUGGACGCUUUUCAUUGUAUGAUGAUCGGUUAAUGAGUCAGUAUUGUAAUGAAGAUGACGAUGAGAAUUAUUGUAUGAAACAGACAAGUGCUAGUUUGUAUCAAAUCAAAAAGUGCUGUGAUGACAAUUCUGUCAAAAUUAGUCACUGUAAUUGUUAAAGUUCCCCUUCUCUAGAUGAUAAUCACAGAUCUGAGCUUGUAUUAUGUGUAGGGAUUUCAUUCAAGUAAAUAUAACAGUACCAAAUUGCACUUUGUUUUGUGUUUAAAUUGUUCUGUAAAUUUUUCAUUUCACAGGCAAGGGUUUAUUCAAUUGAAACCCUGUUUCUUGUACUUUUAUUAACUAAGAAGAGAUUAUAAAUUUUUCCAGAGACAUUAAUGAAGUCAUUUGAAUUAUCAAAUUAAAACCAAUAGGCAGUACUUAUUUUUUUGCAUACCAAAUUUUACGAAGGUAUUAAGGAAGUCUUUUAGAUCAUUAGUUCAAACCAAUAGGCAGUGAUAUUUUAUGCAUGCCAAAUAUUCCCUUGCUUAUAUUAUGGAUCAUAUGCAGUUCGACCCAUAAAGAAUUAUAAUUUUGUAGAUUUUACCAUAAUCUUUCAUAAAAGUUUCUAUAAGUAUCACUUUGUCUGUCAACAAAUUUUGUUCAUACAAAAGUUCCAAAAGUAUAGGUAGGGCAUCGAUGAAAUUUUUCACAUUUUUGUAAACGAUAUGUAGAUGUCCUAAGUUAUCUGUCAUAUAAAGUACAUUUAUAAGCAUUAAGUGCUUGGAUUUCAAUGAAAUUUUAUAAUAUACAUCUAAAACAAGAUAAAUCGAACAUGUCGAAUUAAUUCCUGUUGUCAAAAGCAAUUUAAUGUCCGACAUUUUAUAUUUUUAAAAUGACUGCCAUCAUUAUUAAACAUUCAUAGUGCUAAGAUUUCAAUUAAUAUGAUUAAUUUUGAUAUCAAGGUAAAAUAUGAUAUGAAAUGACUUCUGGUGUUAAAAAUUAUCUUUCUUUUCUAAUUUUUGAAAUAUCUUAGUCCCCAUUUUCCAAACGGCAUGACUAAUGCAUAAUGUAUAGUAAAACUCAUUUUUAUUAACAAGUAAAUUUCAAGUUUUUACUUUUAAUUUGAAAUCCAUGAAAAUUAUUACCCAAGUAAUAUGUUUUGUUUUAUUUACAUCAGUAUUAAUUAUUUUUUUCUGUGACUCAGAAAAAAAUGUGGAAGUAGGGCCGUUGCUAACAGGUUAAUUUUCUGGUAUAUUCUGCUUUGUACUAUAUCAGCCUGCUGAGUCAUAUUUAUAUGGUUAAAGUAUGCAUCAUCUUACUAAUGGUCUUUAAUCUUUCUUCUAAAAGCUGUAUGCUUAGCAAAAAGCAGCAAAUAUCAAUUAUAAACUCUGGUUGCCUUACCAUCAGUUGCCCUCUAGGCCUCCAUGUGAUCAUACUAACACUACUGAGCUUUAGAUGCAGAGUACAUACAUCAAAUUGUAAUGAUUGGUCAUCACUAUCAUUAAACAUUAGAAUUCAACCAAGUUACUUUAUAUUUAGUGCAUUAGCUGUGAAAUUUACUAUAUUUCUUUAGAUUUAAGAAACAAAUAUACUUUUUUUGUAUCAGGCAGUUCACAUCUUUUCUAUUUCCAUUAAAUAUCUGUAGACAUUGUAAGAAGGGGACUUGAGGUUGUGAUAAUUAUUUGUAUUCUGAUUACCAGUGCUAAGUGUUGCAGUGUUGCUUAUGUUUUAGUGCCAAGUGGUCAUGUAUGUGCAAAUCAUUUCCAAUUUUAUAAUUUCUUUUCAAUGCAUUAUUAUUGGUUGAGUAUGAUUGUAUGAAAACUCUUACAGUGAAUGAUUAUAAUUAAAUAUACCAGAAAUUUAUAUGGACAAAUUCCUAGGUUCAAAGACAACAAUAAUGUAUUUUAAUAUAAGUAACUAAUUUUAUUAAGCACUGGUACAAUUUCCUACACUAAUAAAUGAUAGCAGUGUGUGUUGAAGUUUUUACAAGAAGGGGUAACAAGUAGAUAUAUCCUGUUUAAUUUUAAGUAAUAUUUUGUUGUUGAUAUAAAUUCUGAAAUAAAUUUAACUGACUUUAUUUCCAAUAUACAUGAUAUAUGUCUAACCAUCUUUGAAUUUUAUGCUGAGAUUAUUUUAAUGAUAAAGUUGUUAAAAUUUGAUAUUUUCUUCUCAAUCUUGCUUUUCAUUACAGCAGACCAUUAAAUCAUUCUUUGUAGGAAGGGGGAAUAACUUAUAUCAAAUUAAGACUGCCUUUUAAAACAAUUUAAUAGAAAAUCUGUACCAUGUGAAUGAAGUCUUAUAAGGUAGCCCUUCUUAUAAUGAUUUGAUGGCAAUAGACAAAUUUUGUCACUGCUUAUUUAAAUAACAUGAGUCCAUAACUAGAACAAUUAUGUUCAUAUUUUUUUUUAAAACACCUGGUCCUUAAAACAGCUGUUGGUAAUACUUUGUAGGAUAAAAUUCUGCUUAUUUUAAAAAAUGAAAAAAAAUAUGAUAUUCUAAACAGUGAUUAUAUACUGUAUACGGAACAUUUAUUCAUCUAUCAGAAUGUGAGCUUAUGUAUAUUUACUAACUUUAAUAAUAAUGUAUCUACACAUCUUUCUUAUCAUAUGAGCUGAGAACAACAGUACAAUUUCUGUAUACAGUACCAGUUCAUUUUGAUUUUACUGUCAUUCAAGAGAAUAUGAUUCUUUCUUGAAGCAAAAUGUUUCAAUUUUUUAACUGUUUUAAAAACUGUUUUAAAAUAUUGCAAAAUACACAAAUAUGUGUGCAUUGCAGAAAAUGUAAAGUUUUUUUUUAAGAAAAUUUUAAACUGACAAAAGUGCUUGUCACAGGCAGUAGAUUUUUGAUUGUCACUAGAAUUGUUCAAAUAACUUAUAUUUUGUUGAUGAUAUACAUUUAUAGUGAUGAAUGUAUAUGUUAUUUAUAACAGUGCCAUACAAUAAGUAUUGUGUUUGUUUUGUUUUUAUUAUGUUUCAUUAUUUUAGAAUGCAAUUGUACUUUUUCAGCUCAUCUGGCCCAAAGGGUCAGUGUAGUCUAUUACCAUUAGUCUGUGUCUAACCUUACUUUGUUAAUUAUAAUUGUAUGAUAUAAUAAUCAUGAUUUUAAUUGGAAAGAUAUAUUUUUGUUGAAAAAUCUUCACUUUAUUAGCUCUAGGCCUGAAUACAUAACAUUUGUGAGCAUCAAAAUCAAAAAGUAUCUCCACAUAAUUUGCAGAUAAAUAAGCUGCCCACCUAAUUUCUAUAGAAAAUAACAACCGGUUCAAUUUAAUGAAAAUCUCAAAAACAUUUUUUGUGAUGAUAACACUUGCCUGUAUAGACACAAAGAUUGCUUGACUUUAAAGCUGAAUGUUUGCAAUGUUGAGUCAAUUGUUUUAAAAACUGCCUAACGUCAUCAUUAAAAGUUCUUUAUGUGUACUAUUUUAAGAUUACCAAUAAAUUGUUUCCUACAUUUGUAACAGUGUUUGGCAUAUUAGAGUGCUCUUCUGAUUGUUGAUUAUAAAGCAGGUCUAACAAAGGUCUGAAUGGAAUGUCUCACACCUUUUUUCAGGAGAGUAAGAUAUUGAAAGAUUUUCUGUCAGUAGCACACAAUCCUUUUUUGGUUACAUUUAACUUAUUUUACCAAAAUUAAUUCAUAUCAACUCAUCUAUCUCUCCUGGUCUUACUGAUUCAAAGAUUUUCAAAUUAAAAGAUAAAAUUAACUAAGAUAUUGAACAAGAUUUCAAGCUUAUGGAUUUUGUAAAGCAUUUUCAUUCAUAUACAAUAUAUGAAAGGUCACAAUAGUCCCCAUAGAAAUAAAGUUAACAAGAUAUCUUUUUGAAAUGAUUGAUAAUGAUACUGGUAUUGUGUAAUAUUACAGUAUAUGUAUAAUAUUAUUAUCUCUCAAAAGUUUGAUGCUUACUAUCUCCUCACAAUAGGGUUUCACAACAAGAUUUUAAAUUGUUUUUCCGUAGGUCAAAUACUGCCUAUCAUAUUAAGUAUCUUUCAGUAGACACACCUCUCAAUUUAUAGUUGUUCUGCUUAACAGAAGUUCACUGUCGACUUUGUUAUAAAUUGUUAGAACAGAUAUUUCAUUUCCCCUUAUUCUGUUAGGAACUAACUUUGUAAUAUUUGUUCCUGUGGAAGUUAUAUACAGAAUAGUUCUUCCAUUUGAACCAAUCUUACACUAUGAAGCAACUACUAUUUCAUGACAACCCCUUCUAAAUGUGGGUCAGUCUUCAGCUGUUUUUGAAAUUUAUAAUAAAUUCACCACGAGGAGAGAAUUAUUCUUUUGAUUUUGAAUGUCCAACAUCUAGCUUAAGUUGAUGUAUAAGUUUUUGUAAAGCUUGAAUCACAUGUUAAAAGAAUAAUUACCUACAAUUAAAAAUUAUAACUAUUCCAAUUUUUGGGGUGUUUAAUGGGAGUUGACAUUUCACUGUGCCCUUGUUUUCUACAUAACAUAUAAGGUUGUAAAUAAUAUUAUAAAUAGGAAUUUCAAACUCCUAAGUAUUGUUUAUUAUUAUCACAUGUGCCAUGUUGUUGUGAACAAAAUGUUUGUUACUUAUUAGCUAUGCUGCAAGCUAUUUUAUGCAUUAAAGUAGUUAAAACUCUG